GUCUGAAUAAAUAACAAUAAAACAUACUGCAAAAAACAAAGAUUCUGAAGAAGUAUGCUGUAAUUUACCUUGAAUGUAAAAUAUGGCUAUUGGAGGGAAAACAUUGAAAUUCCUAUUCGGAGCCAUGAUUGCUGUCCUGCUGAUCUAUGAAUGUGCUGCAGAAGCUCUCAAUUUUUCAGAAAUAAGUGUGGAUUUACAGUUUAGCGAUGGCCCAGCACAUCAUAUAAGACGAAGAAGCACAGGAAUGCUGUUGAAGUAUGGUAGUGGAAUUGAUGUCAGUGUAUUUGACUUUGCCAUGGUGAACAACAUCACAUCAAUCCCAUUGCCUUAUGCUCUGAGCAGCAUAAAUAUCCUUGAAGUUGACAUGACUACAGUUAUUGGAAUGUCAUUGAAAAUGUCUCAGACUUUUGACACAAAUCUUGCUGACCCUAAUAACCCGACUUUCAAAGAUUUAUCUGGAAAGCUUGAAUCAUCUAUUGACUCAAGUUAUUCUACUUAUUUAAAAGGCUACAUUAGUAAGUCUGUGAAGGUUAAUGCCUUCAGGCCUGGUAGUGUAUUGGCAGACUACACAAUAAGUGCAACAUCCAACAACCUUGAUUUUUCAACAGCAAACGCAGAUCUUUCCAGCUCACUACAGGCACAAGGAAUAAUUUUACCUGCAGAUGCUUUUGCUCAAAGUGAUCAAAAGGACUUUACAAUGGGUCAAGUUUAUCCUCUGCAAAAGCUGGACCUGAAAUGUACACAGCCGGACUUUGUAAAAGGGCAAAUAACAUGGAGAGUGAAUAACAAAGACCCUGCACUUGACAACACAACUUACUCACUUUCAAGCGACAACAGCACUCUCACAGUGAAAAACAUUACUGAAACUGACAGUGGUCAGUAUUCAUGCUUCAUAGAACGGACCACAAUACCAUACAUUCAGUGGCAAAACAUUGUUAUUAAACAACGUCCCACCAUAAAUGUGGGUAAUGAUUACCGUCUUCUACCAUGUGAUGGAAGCAGUUUCCUACUGAAAUGUUCUGUUGAUGCUGGCUACAAUAUUGAGUGGGUCCAGGGUGAAACAGUACAAGAUUCAGAGAAUGGACCUGAUGGCAUCACAUUAAACUACACUACUCCAAGUGAAAAUUGUACAGAGGAAACCUUUACAUGUCGCCUCAAGGGUCUGCCGCAACUCCUUGCAUACAGUUAUAGCCAGAGCAGAGUAACAGUGAAGAAUACUGAUCAAUCAUAUGACUGUCUGAAUGAAGAACUUGGAAUUGGAAAUAUAACCAAUGAGAGCAUUGGAUUCUGUCCAACUGGCACAAAAGGCAUCAUAAUUUAUAGAUGUGAUUUAAAUGGCUGGACAGCAAUAGAGGAAAACUGUAUACUUGCUGUUAUCAGUGAUUUACUUAGCCUAAUUCAGACCUUGCAAGUGGAACAGAUUCAAGAUUUCAUGGCUAACCUCAGUUUCGCAGCAGAGCAGAAUACUAUUAUUAUAACUCAGUCUGCAGCUAUUGUCCGAGCAAUUGUGGAUAUACUCUUUAAAAUUGCCGAUCUGGUACAAGCAAUCUUCAUUGGUCAGCCAGUGAUGAAGAUUUCAUGUUUUUCUUUUAAUUUUCCAGAGUUUCCUAAAAUAGUAGACAUUGCUUUAUCAAAUGAAGCCAUUGAGACGUGGAAAAAACUGAACAACGGCAACACCACGGCAAACACCAACAUUAGACUUCUGAACGCCAUUGAGAAUAUAAGUGAACGUCUCAUAAACAUGUUUCAAAUUAAUCAAACAUACAUUCAGCUGAUCAGAACUCUAGUAAGUAACUCAUUCAGUGUAACAUCAAUAUUGCCAAACUCAACUACUGAGAUUGUGAUACCACAGCUUCCUGAGAUGACCACAGCAACCAUCCUAAUCUUCACUACUCUUGACAAAAUCCUUCCAACCCGUAAAAUUUCUAAUUAUAACAGCAGCAGGGAAUCAGAUCAGCUUAUCAAUGGUGACGUGGUUGUUGUUAAAGUUGAUAAGCAAGUUAACAACAUUUCUUUUGCGUUUGGCAUUACCAAUCAAUCUUUGGGAAAUCCUCAGUGUGUCUUUUGGAACUUUCACCUUGACGCAUGGGAUUCCACUGGAUGUGAAGUAAAGCAAGUAGGAAAUGACUCUGGCAUAAUUACAUGUGAAUGCAACCACACAACCUCUUUUUCAAUUCUAAUGUCACCAUUUGACAUUGACAGACUAGUCUUAGCCUAUAUAACUUACAUUGGAGUAUCUAUUUCAAUGGCCAGCUUGAUUUUAUGCCUCAUUAUUGAAGCUAUUGUUUGGAAAUCAGUGACAUCAACCAGAGGUGUCAGAAAUGACACCUCCUAUAUUCGACAUGUCUCCUUAGUCAACAUUGCCAUGUCAUUACUGAUAGCAAACAUCUGUUUUUUCAUUGAAGCUGCAAUCUCAGAUGAAGACAUGCCAACCCAUGCGGAUCGCUGCAGUCCAGUGGUUUUCUUUAUGCACUUUUUUUACCUGGCUCUUUUCUUCUGGAUGUUAAUUUCAGGGAUGCUUCUCUUAUACAUGAUAGUCAUGGUAUUUUUCCACUUGUCAAUUAUCAUAAUGAUGAUCAUUGCCUUUACAGUUGGUUACGGCGCACCUUUGCUCAUAGCAGCCAUUACUGUUGCGUCGACAGCUGGAGCUCAGAAUUAUGUUUCCAAACAAGCAUGCUGGCUGAACUGGGAUGAAUCUAGGGCUCUGCUGGCAUUUGUGAUUCCAGCUCUCACUAUUGUAGCCAUAAACCUUGUGGUUUUGGUUGUGGUUCUGUACAAGAUGUUGAGAAGAGGAGUUGUUGGCGCAACGCAAACAGAUGAGAAACGUACAUUUUUUGUCGUUGUCCGAUGUGUGGCCUUUUUGACUCCUCUUUUUGGUCUAACAUGGGGAUUUGGAAUUGGAACCAUGGUGUCACGUAAAUUAGGCGUUCAUGUGGUGUUCACACUCCUCAAUUCUUUCCAGGGAUUAUUUGUUCUGCUGUUUGGGACCAUUUUAGACAGCAAGGUUCGAGAGUCACUACGAGGAAAACUGCUAUUAGAGAAAAUCACUUCCCGUUUUACCAAGAGCACCAGUGAAGGAGCAUCAUCUUCAGCUAGACAAGAGACACCACAGAGGAAUGUGAACAAUGUGCCUGAUUCCCACAAUUCCUCCAGACUUGCUUCAGUGGGCACCAAUGGCUCAUAUUCAGAUGUAGACACCCAGUUGUAGACACCUACAGGUUCUGUUACUGUUUUGUGGAGUAGAUAUUCUGUGUUCUGGGAGGAUUAGUGUGAAAAUAAGCUCACAGCAUGAUAAAGUCUUUAAUAAUUUGUGAGUUCAGUGAUUAAGGACAAUAAGCUCUAUUUACACCAGCUCAUUUGUCAUUAAACAUGCAUGUCCAACGAAGAGCUGAAAAUGCCAGUGCUCUUCUAAAAAUGCUCACCUGUCCAACUGUUAGAUAUUUUCUAACGAUGAGUGCAGUAUAAUGCACGCUCAGUGCCUUGCUAUGCUACCCACAUAAAAAAACAAACAAACAAAAAAACAGCGCUUCUAUUAACAGCGACAGAAAAAAAAGUUUUGGGAAAAAUGCUUCGGUGAGCAGGUGCCCUAACAAGCACAAGUAAGGUCCCUUUUGUUUUCUUUUUUAUAUUGGGUAUAUAGGGGAUUAUUUUCCAGUUGGUUUUCAGCUCUGUUAUGAUAUAUUCCAAAUGUUUCUGAAAUUUCCAAAUGUUACUGCAAAAUUGUCAAUUAUUGAAUGCUUUUGAAUUCACUUAAAGGCACAGUAUGUAAUUUUUGCCACUUGAGGGCAACAAAGACAUAUUUUAAUAAUGAUGCCAUUACUAUUUAUGGAAUCAUGGGAUUUGUGGUCUUCAUUACAUUCUACUGGACUCCUGCAGAAAUCUUGUUCAUGAGCUGAAGUUUUCAAAACUUAUUAUCAUGGUUGUAUGAAGCAGAGUAAAGCUGAAAGGCAUCAAAGCAAAUCGAGACUGCUGAAGCAACUGCUGAUGAGAGAGACUUGAGCAGCAGAGCUUUUAAUAGUUUCUGUUAUAGGUUUCUGUAAUAAUGCUUUACUGUGCAGUCUUGUGAACUAAUAUACAUAUUUUGUGUAAAAUAUCUUAAGUCUAAAUAAAACUUAGUAAAUAAAAAAUAGCAUGCAUUUUGUAUAAUCGCUUUCAUUUUUUUUUAACUACUGACAUUUAUCACUACUGCAA